AAUAAUGACACAUGAAAACUAUACGUUAAGUAAUCAGGAACAAUUAAAUAGAUUUACCAAUAACACUGAAAUACAUGAGAAUAACAUAUUACAAGACAAUAGAAAAUGUGAAGAAAAAUGUACUAAAAACAUAUUAAACAAGAAUGUUUCAGAUCUUAUGGAUAUUGAUGAUGAAAACUAUAUUAGUACAUCAUCAAUACUCGCAAGCAAAGAAGGGAACAUAUUACUAAAAAAACCUCUAAAGCGUACUCUGAAAGAAAAAGAUUGUAAUCAGAGUAGUAAAAAAAUGAAAUUAAAUAGGAACAGUUGGCUACAAAGUGUAGCAUUUAAAUCGAGUAAUUAUCAACAAGAUAAUGAUUCUUUAAGUAGUGUUACGACAAAUACAACAGUAGAAACAAAUAAAACUAAAAAAUAUAAUCAAGAAGAAAGACCAGAUUUACGUAAAUUUUUGAAUCAAAUGAAAUCAGAAAAAAGUUUUAAGUUAAAGCCUACAGUUGAAAUAGCAAAUGAGGAAGUUUGCAAAAAACUUUCUGUCAAAGAAGAAUCAACUUUAAAUGGAACUUUAUAUGAAAAGAAAAGUGAUGCCCAAGAGAACCCUAGCUCAAGUGUUGCAAGUGAUGAUGAAGAUGAUGAUUGCAUUUCUCUUUUUGCAGAAUCUUUUGCAGAAUUUGAUACAAGCCAAUGUGAAGAUAUAUUUUUGAAUGAGAAGGACAAAUCAUCUAAAUCUCUACAUUCUGAUGUACCAUAUACGAUGACUGCUAGUAGUUUCGAUAAGUAUGUGAAAGAGAAUAACAAAGAAUUUAAUAAAGAAUAUGCAAAAUGCAUAAAAAAUGAUACAGAAUCUUUGAAAUCUGAUAAAGCAAAUGAAAUAUCCAAUAAUCAAUCUACACAAGUUUUAAAUACAUAUUGUGUACCUGCAACUGCAAUACAAUCAAAAUCAUCACAAAUUAAAAACAUUUAUUCAAAAAAGAAAACUCUUUACGAUUUUAUCAAGGGAUAUUGUUAUCUGGUAUUAAAAUGUGAAAUAUUUCAAAUAAUUAAUUCGGAGGAUACUAGAACAAUUCUUGACAUAAUGCCAGAAGCAUUAACACAGAAUUUUAAUUAUUUUUGUGAAGAAGUAUAUAUAGCUUUAUUAAAAAAGUUAAAUAUUGAUGAAAUUUUAAUAACAUACAAGAUGCUUUAUGACAAUUGGAACGUUAAUUGGAGAAAGGAAUUCACAAGAUGGUCGAGAAAAAAUAUUGCUUCUAAUAUUAUCGAAGAACUAUUAAGUAGACAAAUAUCAUUAAAAACUAUCGUCGACUGUAUGAUGACACAUAUUUUGCCCACUAAAAAUUUAAAAGAGCUUAACAACAUAUUACUGACUGUAAUUAAAUAUGUGAAACCUGGUGAAUAUUGGAAUACUACUAGAAAUUUAAUUUUAACAUUGCAAUCAAAUGUUCCUAAACAUAUCAUUGACCAAAUACUAUAUGAAUGUGUAAGAAAUAAAGAAUUACAAAAGAUUCAAGAUGUUAAUAGUAACUUGAUAAGUAAACUUGAUUAUACAUUAAUAUCAACAUUGAAUCAAUAUGUAAUGAAAUGUUUUAAAAAUAUGUUAGUUGAAAAAACUGCAAAAAAUUCUGAAGUAUUGACUCAAAAUUUUGGGGAAAGUUUAAUAACAACAGAAACCAUUGCUUCUCCUGAUUCUCCUGACCCAAGUAUAAACUUCACACAACAAGAACCUCCAAUAAGAUAUGUUAGUUCUAUCAAUGAAACUGAUGUAAACCAAAAUGAAACUGAUGUAAACCAAAAUGAAACUGAUGUAAACCAAAAUGAAACUGAUGUAAAUCAAAAUGAGAAUCAUAUAACUCAAGAUGUAAAUGUACCAAAACCAUAUAUAUAUGGUUUCAUGCAACCUAUUGAUGCACCCUAUGCGCGAUCUAUGUAUAGAGAUCACGAACGUUUCUGGAAAUUUUAUAUGGAUUUAGAACGAUUUGAAAAGGGGCUUAUACAUGAAGAUUACAAUUAUAUUAUUGAUAUCUUAAAAAAUUAUACAGAAAAACGGGAAAGUGAGUUAUUUGUUAGUAAAUGUUGUCUUAUACUUCGAAAUAUAAAACGUUCAGAAUAUCAUUUAAAAAACAUCCUAACGCUAACAGUCCAAAUAGGUAUCUUCAGCAUUCUAGGUAAAAUCUUGCUCGACAUAGGAUUAAACAUAUUGACCAGUUUAGUGGAUGAAGAGGCUUGGGGACUUGCUCUCCAAUUCAUUCAAUUACUUAAUAUAUAUAAUUUACCAUAUAACGCAAAAUAUUUUCUACUAUCGGCUGAAAUUUAUUUAGCUAAUAAUAAGGCAGUGAAGGCAUGCGAUUUACUUAAAUAUCAGAAUAUAAUAUGUACAAGUCGUGAUAGAUGGCAUGUUAACAGCACUAUUAAUGAUGAAUACGUAAGGAACAAAAUAAUAUGCAUUCUGUUGGAUUUAUUUUGUAAUGAAUUCCUUGAAUAUGCUUUCUUUCUUUUCCAAUUUUUACUUAAAGAUCAAUCCAGUUAUUAUAAUCCAAUAGAUUUAUCUCGUUAUGUGGACAAAUUAAUUGUAUUAUCUUUAUCAAAAAAUGAUACGAAUUUAAUAACAGAAAUGAGCAACGUAAUACUUAAACAUAAUUUUGCGUUAAGUACAACAACGUGUCGUGCACUACUUUCAACAAUAAUUCAUAUAGACGAAGUUUUAGCCAGACAGAUAUAUAAUUAUGCGGAAGGUAUGGGUAUCUAUUCAACAAUGAAGUUGCUGCCAAUAAUACACACUAUUAUAAAUACCGACUUAACAGAAGAAGAAAUAUAUCUUAUAUUUUUACAAUUAUUAAAAAAUCUUAUAAUGAAUUUUGGACACGCGAUUGAAUUUGCUAAACCUCGUGAAAUCAAAGUAUACUUCAUUUUAGAGAUAAAAACGAAUAAACAGUUUUAUUGCGCUGAACUACAAAGCCAUUAUAAUAAUAAGGCUAUUAUGAAUGCAAAGGCAUUAAUUAAAAAUGUCUUAAAGAAACGAUUUGAUCCGCCUAUAUUACUAAUGAAGUCAAAUGUUAAAGGUAGAAUAGGAAAGUUACAGAGUACAAGUCUUAUAAAUUAUUUGAAAUCAGAACAUUGCAAUUAAAAUCAUAUCUAUGAACAAAAGUGUAAUGCAAAAAUAAGCAAGUAAAAAUCAAAUAGAGAUUAGAAAUUAAUCUAUUUCAAUAUUCAACACUGAGAAAAAUACUGUAAGUUUUAUUACUCAAAAUGUGAAGUUUUAUAUUAUAUUGCAUACA